CGCGCACGCGCUUCCCGCCCCUGGGCGCGGGCGGGUGACGUAAGCGGAAGGGCGCGGCCCCCUCCUGAGGAGGCAGCGGCGGCGCCGCCGGCCGAGGAGCUCUUGGUAAGACAUGUCGUGGAUCAGAGAAGGCGAGCUGACCAUCAUAGAGAGAUUCUGUGCCAACAUAAUUAAGGCAGGUCCAAUGCCCAAGCAUGUUGCCUUCAUCAUGGAUGGCAAUCGCCGGUAUGCCCAGAAGUGUCACGUGGAGAGGCAGCAGGGACACUCGCAAGGCUUUGAUAAGCUGGCACAGACGCUGCGGUGGUGUUUAAACCUGGGUAUUCAGGAGGUGACUGUUUAUGCCUUUAGUAUCGAGAACUUCAAACGCUCCAGGGAAGAGGUGGAUGGACUAAUGGAUCUGGCAAGACAGAAAUUUAGCCGCCUGCUGGAGGAACAGGAGAACCUGAAGAAACACGGUGUGUGUAUCCGUGUCCUCGGAGACCUGCCACUUCUGCCCUUGGAUAUUCAGGAACUGAUUGCCCAAGCUGUGCUGGCAACCAGGAACUACAAGAAGUGCUUUCUAAAUGUCUGCUUUGCAUACACAUCAAGGCAUGAAAUCAGCAAUGCUGUCAGGGAGAUGGCGUGGGGUGUGGAGCAAGGGCUGCUUGAACCCAGUGAUGUGUCUGAAUCGUUGCUUGAUAAGUGUCUGUACACCAGCAACUCCCCUGACCCAGACCUCCUGAUUCGAACCUCCGGAGAGGUCCGGUUAAGUGAUUUCUUGCUCUGGCAGACAUCCCAUUCAUGCCUGGUGUUUCAGUCAGUGUUGUGGCCAGAAUAUUCCUUUUGGAACUUGUGUGAGGCUAUCCUUCGGUUCCAGAUGAACUACAGCGCUUUACAGAAGGCCAGAGACUCCUACAUGGAGGAAAGGAAGCAACAACAGAUGGAAAGGGAUCAGGCUUAUGUGACAAAGAAGCUGCAGCAGGAGGGUUUUGCAUCCCAUGGAGACUCUCAGCGUCGACGGACACUGUUGCAGAAAUGCACCGCCAUGCGGGAGGAGAGAAUCCAGGGCUUCCUACAGGCACUAGAGCACAAGAGAGCGGACUUCCUUGAAAGAUUGUGUACAGUGUCUGCAUGACAUAAGUGCUGGGUGGUUCUUGGGAAGACAGUUUUUAAUCAUGUUAGAGAGAAUAUCUGCUGUCCAGAGGAAUUCACUUGGUGUGGUUCUGCCGUGGGGAUGCAGGGCUGCUACUGGACUUUACAUCCCCACUGGCACUGUCCGAGGGCAGGCACAGACUACUGUGAACCUUCCUAGUUCUGUGAAUGCUGCUGAGGAAAGUAAUGCCGUCCUUCUGUCUUGCCUCCCUGCCCCUGAUGAUAGAGGGAGAAUGCACGCACCCCGCUGUAUCUCCGCUGCUUGGUACUUCAGAGGCCUGGUGGUUUUGUGACAAGUUAACUAAAAUGAGCCUUGCAUUCUGUUAGGCUCCUCGUGAAUUGGCCCAGGCUACCAAUUUCAGUCAUGUUAAAUCAGCCUGGGCUUGAAUUCUUUCUGUGACUUUGCAGUAGCGAAUCCUCCAGUGAGAUUUCCUCUGCUGUCCCAUCCCAUUUCCUUUUUGACGAGAGGGGAUUAUUCCUGGUGUAUGAGGGAGCCCUGUGCCAAGCACUGGCAGAGAUAUUUCCCACUGCCUACUUUGGGCAUCUUGCCUUUUCCCCACCUUAUUAUGCUGGUUUUGAUUUAUCUGCUCUUGGCUUCCAAAGAGCUAAAGCAAGGUGUUGUCAGCGUUGCCAUGAAGGAAAAAGGAUACUCCAGAGCUCCAUCAGGCCCUGUGAUCCCUUUUCAGCAGUGUUGGGGGGGAGGGAACCCAAAUGCUGCCUUCCAAACCCAGCUGGAACACACUGACUAUGCUGAGGGAAAGAAGGGGGAAGGGUCCAAAGAGGCAAAGAAAAACAAUUGUUUGGGAAUUAACCUCAUGGCUUAAAAAGGAAAAGAAGUUAGCUUAAACCAGGGGUUGGAUGCGGUGUGCCAAAUUCCUCUGAGACCUCUAGAGCUGUGACUUAACAUCCACCAUCCACUUCUGGGGAAUGAGGAUGGGCUUAGUUCAGGAAUACAGGAGCCAAAACCAGCCUCUGACCCCAGCCAAAAUGAUGCAGAAGUGCUAUAUAGCUGAUUUUAAUGGGAGUGGCCAGAGCAGCUGUGGAGCGUUACUUCUCAGUUCUCUAUUAGCAGGGAGAUGGACUAGAUAAUUUCCAAGAUUCUUUCUGUCUCUUAAUUUUUCCUGGUUUCCGUCCCCACAAUCAAAAUAACAGGAAAUGUCUUGCUUUUGUUACUGAUGCACGUACAGGUGCAGCAGUAUCAGCUAUUGCUGUUUUUAAAGUAUUCUUUUUUUUAACCUCCAGGUGAAAAUGAGAAAAUGCAAAUUUAAGACUUAAGUGCUGCAAACUCAGCAUUUUGAAUGUGAUUGUGAAGAGGGUAACUACAUUGUCAAACCGUGAAUAAAGCAUAUUCAUACCAAA